AUGACUACCAAAUACUGCCUAGUGUUGCUCUUUGGAGCGGUGCUUCUCAGCACUGUCUCAGUACUAGCUGAUCAUCACGAGCCUCCCAAACAUGAGAACAAACCUCCUAUUCACAAGCCACCUUUGGAAGGCAAACCUCUCAAGGGAGAGAAACCACCACCAAAACACAAGCCACCAACCACUCUUGAUAAUCAUGAUCAAGAUAAGAAGCCAUUCCCAGAGCAAAAGCCACCAACCCAUGGUGAGGAACCUCCCAAGGGUAAGGGAAAGGGAGAGAAGCCACCUCCAGAGCACAAACCACCACAUGAUCAACAUCCUGGACGACUUUUACUCGAGUCCCACUCCCUAGAUGAACAAAAUUCACCAAGUCUAGCUGGCAAGCCUCCGGCAAAGGGAGCAAAGCCACCUCCAAAACGCAAACCACCAACCCCACUCGACAAGAGAGAGAAGCCAUUCCCAGAGCACAAACCACCAACCCAUAGUGAUGAACCUCCCAAGAGUAAGGGAAAGGGAGACAAGCCACCUCAUGAUCAUCACCCUGGAGACCAUUCAGUUGAGGAUGCAGAAGACUCCCACAAGCCACCAAGAAAGUUGAAGCCUCCGACCGCUGGAAAGAAGCCGCCUACUCCCUCUCGCAAGCCACCCGGCCACAAACCUCCGUCCGCAAACUAA